GAUCAAUAGUAUAUAGUCCCGGCUAGCAGUUGUACGAUCCGGUAGGAAAGUGUUUGGUUGUGCUGUCGGCUUCAAGUCUAGAGUAGUAGAAAAUUCAAAAUGUCUCAAGAAAAAGUUGAAAUUAGGAGAAACAUCAAGACUCAGCCUACUAUUGGGACGAGGAGCACCGUUAUCAAUAGAACAAGUCAUGGCGGUGGUGGCAGCAUGAUGCAAGGUGGUGGCUCUAGAAGUGUAUCAAUGAGAAUGAGUAUGGGUGGAAAUUCAGCUCCCUCUUUUGCACAGGGGACAGUUUCAUCUAUGUCACAUAAGAAUGUCGCUAACGUCUUGGACACCAGAGCCAAAGAGAAGUGUGAAAUGAACGUUUUGAAUGAAAGAUUUGCUAGUUACAUCGAAAAAGUGCGUUUCGUAGAAGCUCAGAAUAAAGCUCUUCUUGCUGAAAUUGAUAGACUAAAAAAGCAAAAAAACUUUGAUGCUAGUGAAAUAAAGGAAUUGUAUGAACAAGAAAUAGCUGAUUCUAGGAAAAUAAUAGAUGAUUUAUCUGAUGAAAAAGCUAAAUUUGAUGCCACUUUAGUCAGUUUACAAGAUCAACUUGAGGAUGAGAGAAGAGACCGGAUCAACGCAGAAAAGACCGUAGAUGACUUAUCUAAUAAAAUAGAUAGACUUAAUGACCAACUAGGAAAUAAUGAAGGAGAGCUAGCUAAUCUUAGACUUAGGAUAGAGACUUUGGAAGAUGAGAACGCUCGUUUGAAAAAGGACAAGACAACUCUUCAAAAUGAUAUUAGUCGUAUUAGAGCUGAUCUUGACGAAGAGACAUGUAAGAGAAUUCAAGCUGAGAUGAAAUUACAAACAUCCGAAGAGGAUUGCAAGUUCCAAAUCAACAUCUAUGAAGCUGAAAUUGCUGAACUUAAAGCCAUGCUUGACCGUGACAGGAGCAUCGAAAUGAAGGACAUCUGGAAGGGCGAAAUCUCUAAGGCCAUUAAUGAAUUGAACACACAAUAUGCCUUAGAAGUUGACAGAAUCCAAGCAGAGAUGCAGAAGAACUACGAUAUGCAGAUGAACGAAAUGAGAGCUGGUUUGAACAGAGACAACAUGGAGACCAUGAGUGCUCGGGAGGAAAGCAAGAAAGUUAAAGGAAAACUGAACGAGCUCCAACCACUCAUCAGUCAAUUACAAGCUGAGAAUGCCAUGCUGAAGUCUAGACUGGACGGACUACAGGCCCAAUAUGAUGAUGAAUGCCGCGAACACGAGUCUGAUGUUCAAAGACUUCAAUCUAGUAUUGAUAGAUUGCAAAUGGAGAUGGAUACUGUCCUAUCAGAACUUCAAAUUCUCCAAGACGCCAAGUUGUCAUUGGAGUUGGAGAUUGCUGCUUACAGGAAACUGUUGGAAGCUGAGGAGACCAACAUGAGACGUGUUGUUGAGCACUCCAGUGGAUCACGAAGCGGUGGCGCUCAACUGCUUUCUGACAUGAUCGUUAGCAAGGGAGGUUCUGGAGAUUCACAGAAAAGCAAUGCUAACCAACUGACAUUAAGUGAAUCAUCCAACAAAAUUCUGGUACAAAGAACCUGUAGAGGAGACAUAUCUAUUGAGAAUGCCCAGCCAGAUGGAAGCUGUGUAACCUUGAAGAAUUCCUCUAAAAAGAAAAGUAACUCAGGUGGCAAGGAUAUUGUUUCUGUUAGCUUGAAAGGGUGGUCUUUGAAGAAGACAGUGAAUGGUGUCACCAAACAUACAUACACCUUCUCAGAUAUCAGCCUGUUAAAAGGGAAGGAGAUUAAGUUAUUCUCCAAGGGAGCAGCAGAACUUGCCAAGGAUAGUGACAUAGUAUGUGACAUAUUUUCCUGGGGAUUGUCCGGUACUUUCACUUUAAAUGAUGACAAGGGAGUGGAAAAAGCAACAUUGACCAUCAAGACUGCUGCCUAGAGGAUUGUUAGAGGACAGCAAUCCAUUUGUUUUCGUGACACAACUUACAUUUAACUUUUUAUUCAUUUGUUUUUUGACAGUAUAUUAAGUAUGUGUGCAAUAGAUGAAUCUGCUAAUAGGCUUAUCGUUUGAAUGAUAUUGUUUCAUCAAUUUGGCUAAAAUGCUUGUAGAAAUGAGAUUUUUAACGCGUGUAUACUCAUAUUUCUUGCCUGUACAUGGAGUUUAUCAAAACUUGAUUUUUAAUCGAAGGAAAUAAUGGCCUGUACGGUUAUUUCUGUGUUGGAAUUAAGAUACAAAUACCUCUUCAUAAUAUUUACUUGUUUCUCAGAAUAUAGCCGAUAUGAUGUUGUAGGUAGUUGCAUAGACGGUUAAGUUUUCAAAUAUAAAUGUUUGUUGUACAUACUAUACAUGUAUCUGGAUGUCGAAAGAUUAUACUUUCUUUACAUGCAGGGUCACAUAAUUGGUUUUAAAUGUUCAGGUGAAUAAUUUUCGCGUAGUCAGAAAUUCCACAUUUGGUAAUUUCCGUUGGAAAAUUCAAUAUUUCCAUUGUUACUGAUGCUUUAAAAGUUGUUUGUGUGGUUUUAUUUCAUUAAUCUGUUCGUGUGGGUUUAUUAUUCUCAUUUUGACGACAGAGGAGUGAGACGCACGCUGAAAAUGUAUUCGUUUCCAGUUUGUAUCAUAAGUUCACUUCAUACUUGUUUAUGAUAUAUUGGUUCUAUUCUACAAGGCGGCAGACAUUUUUGUUUAUGAUAUAUUAGUUAUUCAAGGCGGUAAAUAUUAUAUUUUGUCUUUAAAACAUUCCAAAAACCUCAACGAUUGCUGCAAAGAUUGGUUGUGAAUUUUGAUCAUCUUUAAGAAUAUAUAUUUGUAUUUUAAGUAUUAGUUUUUAAGCUUUACGAGAAAAUAUUUGGGUUUAUUCAACCCUUCUUAUAUUUUAUAUUUUGCAAGAAGUCAUGUUUUGUUAUGGUGAUUAUAUUAGAUUUAGCAUAUUAUAUAUGGUUUUAUUCAAUAAAUAUUUUUACAUUUA